AUGAAUGUGCAUCGUAUAUCCGUGAUGACUUUCAAUAUGUGGAAAGUUAACAACUAUCCAGGUAAUUGGCCACAUCGUCGUUUACCUAUUCUUGAAUGUUUAACUACAUUUACACCUGAUAUUUUGAGUGUACAAGAAUUACAUCCGUUAUUUCACGAAGUUAUUGUUGAAGCAUUACCAACACAUGCAUAUGUUCAAGAUGAUUUUAGUGGUUGGCAAACUGAAAGUAAUAUCUAUUUUAAUACAAACACAUUUGAUCUGAUAGAAUAUGGUAUUAGUGAUAUUGGUAUGAAAGAACCAUUACGACGUUUGUUUUGGGUACUUUUAAAAAUAAAAACAACUAAAGAGCAACAUGUUUCAGAAAAUCAGACUACUCAAAAGAUUCUUGUCGCAACUGCACAUUACACAUGGGAAGGACAUGUGGAAGAAUGUAAUUCAUACAUUAAUCUACGUAAAGAACAAGCACAACGUACUGCAACAACUCUACAUGAUUUACAAUCAAAAUUUGAUGAUCCUCAUUUAGCUAUGUUAUUUAUGGGAGAUUUAAAUGAAAAUUUUCAUCCACGACGUAUUUUACGUGAAGCUGGUUUUAUUGAUUGUUUUAGUACAUUACGAUUACCUUCACUUCCUACUCAUCCACAACGACCUAGUAUACCUCAUGAAGAUAAUCUUAGUGAUGUAGCUUUAGAUUGGAUAAUGCAAAAUAAUUAUGCACGUCCUAUUCUAGCUAAUGUAUUAAGAAAUAUGAUUUGUACAGGUGGAUUUUCUAUAUCAGACCACUGUCCAGUUAUGUGUAUCUUUGAAAUUGGAUCUGGACCAUAUAUAUCUAAUUUAAAGUAA